AUGGAAGUGUGCUGUGUGCGGGGAAAUCGAGUACUCUUGCAGAAUGGUGAGGUUUCACCGGCUACAAUAACGAUUGCUAAUGGCAUCAUAUCGGCUAUAACUAGAGGGAACCACGAUGAUGUCGGCUCAGGAGUACAGGUGAUUGAUGCCGGUGAUUUGCUGGUGAUGCCAGGUAUCGUUGACAGCCAUGUUCAUGUUAACGAACCUGGUAGGACCGAUUGGGAAGGCUACGAAACAGCAACCAGAGCUGCGGCUGCUGGAGGAAUCACUACUAUAGUUGACAUGCCAUUGAACAGUAUUCCAUCUACUGUUACCAUGGAUGCGUUUAGUACCAAAUUGCAGCAUGCUAAAGGUCAAUGUCAUGUAGAUGUUGCAUUCUGGGGUGGUGUUAUACCCGGUAAUCAGUUUGAGUUGAAGCCGAUGAUCAAGGCUGGAAUUUCUGGAUUCAAAUGUUUCCUGAUCUUCAGUGGUGUGGAUGAGUUUCCACAUGUCAGUGAAGAUGACUUACAUGAUGCAAUGACACAGCUACAGGGUAUGACAGUGUUUUACUGGUGCUCCCUGUUUGAGGGUGUGAUUAUCUGGUUCCAUGCUGAAGUGGCUGGCACUGAACCAGAUGUAUCGAACAUGGAUGCAACUCAAUACAAAACAUUUUUAGAGUCAAGGCCAUGUUCAAUGGAAAACAGUGCUAUUGAAUUAGUUGCUAAAGUGUGUCUACAAUACAGAGUGCCUUGCCAUAUUGUUCAUCUGUCAUCAGCCGAGGCAUUGCCAAUCAUCAGAGAUGCCAGGGCGAAAGGAGCACCAUUGUCAGUGGAGACGUGUCACCAUUAUCUGACACUUGCUGCAGAAACCAUACCAUCAGGUGCCACUCAAUACAAAUGCUGUCCUCCAAUCAGGGAACAAGCCAACCAGGAUAAACUGUGGGAUGCUCUUAAAUCUGGUGAUAUCAACAUGAUAGUUUCAGAUCAUUCCCCGUGCACCGCUAAUUUGAAAGUUUUGGAGAAAGGAGAUUUCAUGGAAGCCUGGGGUGGCAUUUCAUCAUUACAGUUUGGUUUGUCUUUAUUCUGGACCAACGCUCAGAGACAUGAUCUCACAAUCCAGGACUUGCACCGACUGAUGUGUGUGCAGACGGCAAAGUUAUGUGGAUUAUCAGAUAGGAAAGGAGAGAUUAAAGUCGGGAUGGAUGCAGACUUUGUGAUCUGGGAUCCUGAUGGUUAUCUUAAGGUUGAAAAGAGUAUGAUAGAACAUAAAAACAAAGUAACACCAUAUGAAGGAAAAACAUUCAAUGGUCGUGUACAUAAAACGAUAGUCAGAGGUCAAGUGGUUUACGAUACUGGCGUCUUCAGUCCGCAGCCACUGGGGAAAUUUAUUUUCCGAAAUCAAGAUGAUAAAAUUAGUACUGGUGCUAGACUGUGAAGUUUGAAGAGAAGAUUUUAACAAGACUUGGUGAUUUUAUCUUGGUGCUACUCUGCUGACUUGGUCUCAUAGUAUGCAAAUAGUAGAACAGUUGGCAAAAAUUAAUAAUUUUGAGUGGAUUAUUUUAGGCAUCGUAAAUUUAUUCCAAACCAUAGUUGAUAAUCUGGUAAAAACGUUUAUUAAAAUGUAAACAAAUGACACUUUCACAGUAUGAAAAUAAUACAUAAAUUACAGCAGGG